AUGACUCCAGGCUCUCUGGCGCCACUCCUGCUGGCCUGGGUGGCACUGUCGUGUGUGGCAGGUGGCCAGGGCCACUGGGAUGGAGCUUCAGAGUCUCCAAAUCUUGGACGAGUACAGAGGCGAGGUGGCACACGUGUCUUACAGGGGCCAAAUGUGUGUGGCUCUCCCUUUCACACCUACUGCUGUCCUGGCUGGAGGACGUUGCCUGGUGGGAACCAGUGUGUUGUGCCUGUCUGCCGGCACUCCUGUGGUCAGGGGUUCUGUUCCCGGCCCAACCUGUGCACUUGUUCAGACGGAUCGCUGGCCCCCAGCUGUGGGGUGAGGCUCGGGGCAGGGUGCAGUGUGAGCUGUUUGAAUGGGGGCAGCUGCAGAGGGGAGAUCUGCCUGUGCCUGAGGGGCUACAUAGGCCCUGUGUGUGGGCAGCCCAUCUGUGACCGAGGCUGCCACAACAUGGGCCGAUGUGUGGGGCCCAACCUCUGCGCCUGUGUGUAUGGCUUCAUGGGACCACAGUGUGAGAGAGACUACCGGACUGGGCCCUGCUUUGGUCAUGUCGGCCCUGAGGGGUGUCAGCACCAGCUGUCGGGCCUCGUCUGCACCAAGGUGCUCUGCUGUGCCACUGUGGGCCACGCCUGGGGCCUCCCGUGUGAGCUGUGUCCUCCCCAGCCGCACCCCUGCCGCCGAGGCUUCAUCCCCAAUGUUCGAACAGGGGCCUGCCAAGAUGUGGAUGAGUGCCAAGCCAUCCCAGGCCUGUGCCAGGGGGGCAGAUGCAUCAACACCGUGGGCUCCUUUGAGUGCCGCUGCCUGGCAGGACACCGGUUCAGUGAGGGUGCUGCCAAGUGUGAAGACCAUCGGGCUGGCAUCUGCUUCUCGGUGCUGAUCGGGGGCCGCUGUGCUAGGGAACUCACCGGACGUCAUACGCACAGGCAAUGCUGCUGUGAUACGGGCAGGUGCUGGGCGGCUGGCCCCACACCAGAGCUGUGUCCUCCGCGGGGCUCCGAUGAAUUCCAGCAACUGUGCACCCAAGGGCUCCCCCUGCUGCCCUCCUACCCUGACCUGUUUCCCGGAAGGGGUCCUGGCCUUGGGAGGCCAGCACAGCACAGCCAGCAUGGCCCAAGUGGGCAUGGGGUCCCCAGCCUGCGCCCCAGCGACUCCCACAUUGGCACCGCCACGCUGAACCAGACCAUUGAUAUCUGCCGCCACUUCACCAAUCUGUGUCUCAACGGCCGCUGCCGGCCCACCCCAUCCAGUUACCAGUGUGACUGUAACACGGGCUUCACGCAGGACGUGCGUGGGGAGUGUAUCGACAUGGAUGAAUGUGCCAGCAGCCCAUGCCACCACGGUGACUGUGCCAACACCCCUGGCUCCUACCACUGCCACUGCCAUGGGGGCUUCCAGGCCACCGUCACCAAGCAGGCAUGCGUGGACGUGAAUGAGUGCAUUGUCGGCGGGGACCUCUGCCACCAUGGCCGCUGUGUCAAUACCCAGGGCAGCUUCCAGUGUGUCUGCAAUGAGGGCUUUGAGCUCAUGCCAGAUGGCAGAAACUGUGUGGACCAUGACAAAUGUGCCACCACCAGCAUAUGCUUCAAUAGGGCGUGCCUCAAUGAAGAUGGCAGUUUCAAGUGUCUGUGCAUACCCGGCUUCCUGCUGGUGCCAGGUGGCCUCUACUGGCUGGACAUCGACGAGUGCCAGACGCCCGGGAUCUGUAAGAAUGGCCAGUGCACCAACACUGAAGGCUCCUUCUACUGCCGGUGUCCUGGUGGGCUGGCGGUGGACGCCGACGGGCGCAUCUGUGUGGACACCCACAUGCAUAGCACAUGCUAUGGGACUGUCGGAAAGGACUCCUGUGCCCGCCCCUUCCCUGGCGCCGUCACCAAGUCUGAGUGCUGCUGUGCCAGCCUGGACCAUGGGUUUGGGGAGCCCUGCCAGCCCUGUCCUGUCAAGAACUCUGCUGAGUUCCAGGCUUUGUGCAGCAGUGGCCUGGGCAUUAGCACAGACGGCCGAGACAUCAACGAGUGUGCCCUGGACCCCGACAUCUGUUCCAAUGGCGUGUGUGAGAAUCUGAGGGGCAGCUACCACUGUAUCUGCAACCUGGGUUACAAGGCAGGCGCCACAGGCAAGAGCUGUCUGGACAUAGAUGAGUGUGCUCUCAACAGCCUUCUGUGUAACAAUGGAUGGUGUCAGAACAGCCCCGGCAGCUACAACUGCUCCUGUCCCCAAGGGUUCAGCUUCCAGCAGGACACAGAGACAUGUGAAGACAUUGAUGAGUGUCUCGCAGUCCCAUGCGUGAAUGGUGUGUGCUGGAACCUGGCUGGCUCUUUCGUCUGUGAGUGUGCCCCCGGCAGCCGACUGGGGCCCUCUGGGACCGUGUGCCUAGACAGCACCAAGGGUACCUGCUGGCUGCAGAUGUGGGAGAGCCGCUGUGAGGCCAACCUCCAUGGAGCCACCCUUCGGGCUGAGUGCUGUGCCACCCUGGGGGUCGCCUGGGGCAGCCCCUGCGAGCACUGCGAGAUCGACCCUACCUGUGCCCGGGGCUUUGCACGGACAGAGGGGCUCACCUGUGCAGAUGUGAACGAGUGUGAAGUCUUCCCAGGUGUCUGUCCCAAUGGUCACUGCCUCAACUCUGCUGGUUCCUUCCGUUGCCACUGUCCCCAGGGCCUGACGCUGGACUCCUCAGGCCGGCUGUGUGUGGACUUGCGCCUGGAACCAUGUUUCCUGCGUUGGGAUGAGGACCAGUGUGGGGCCCCCCUGCCCGGCAAGUACCGAAUGGACGUCUGCUGCUGCUCCGUCGGGGCCGCAUGGGGUGCCAAGUGCGAGGUGUGCCCAGGACGCAGCUCCCCAGAGUUCACCAGCCUGUGCCCACGAGGGUUGGGCUUCGCUAGCGGAGAUUUCCUUUCCGGCCAACCCUUCUACAAAGACGUGAAUGAGUGCAAAGCCUUCCCCAGCCUCUGCGCGCAUGGCUUCUGCCACAACACCAUGGGCAGCUUCCAUUGCUCCUGCGCGGCAGGCUUCGCCCUGGACGCCCAUGAACGGAACUGCACAGACAUUGACGAAUGCCGCAUCUCUCCGGACCUCUGCGGUCAGGGCGCCUGUGUCAACACCCCCGGCAGCUUUGAGUGCAAGUGUGCCCCCGGCUUCAAGAGCAGCUUAAUGCUGAUGAAGCUCUGCAUGGAUGUGGACGAGUGUAUGCAGGACCCGCUGCUUUGCCGGGGUGGCAGCUGCACCAACACCCAUGGGAGCUACACAUGCCACUGUCCCCCAGGACACGAGCUGACAGCUCAGGACACAGCCUGUGAGGAUGUGGACGAGUGCACCCUACGUGAUGGCCUAUGUCCUCAUGGGCAGUGUGUCAACCUCAUCGGAGCCUUCCAGUGUGCCUGCCACACUGGCUUCCAGAGCACGCCAGACCACCAGGGCUGCGUGGAUAUCAACGAGUGUCGUGUGGGCAACGGCGGCUGUGAAGGGAGCUGUGCCAACACGGAGGGCAGCUACCAGUGUGGCUGCGGCCAGGGUUACUCACUGAUGUCUGAUGGGAGGGCCUGUGCAGAUGUGGAUGAGUGUGAAGAGGACCCAGACAUCUGUGAUGGGGGUCAGUGCUCCAACGUGCCCGGCGGUCACCGUUGCUUGUGUUAUGAAGGCUUUGUGGCCAUGCCAGACCUGAGGACGUGUGCUGAUGUGAACGAGUGUGAGCUGAACCCUCACAUCUGCCUGCACGGAGACUGUGAAAACAGAAAAGGUUCCUUCAUCUGCCACUGCCAGCCAGGCUAUGUCGUCAGAAAGGGCACCACAGGCUGUUCCGAUGUGGACGAGUGUGAGCUGGGGACACACAGCUGUGACAGUCAUGCCUCCUGCCUCAAUGUCCCUGGGAGUUUCAGCUGCAGGUGCCAGCCAGGCUGGGUGGGGGAUGGAUUCCAAUGCCAAGACCUGGAUGAGUGCGCCUUCCGGGGGCAUCAGUGCAGCCCACACGCCACCUGCCUCAAUGCCCCCGGCUCCUACCACUGCGCUUGCCUCGAGGGCUUCACUGGGGACGGCUUCUCCUGUGAGGACAGGGACGAGUGUGCAGACAACGUGGACCUCUGUGUGAGUGGACAGUGCCUCAAUGUACCCGGCGGGUACCGCUGCGAGUGUGAGAUGGGCUUCCACCCCACCGAGGACCACCGGGCCUGCCAGGACACAGAUGAGUGUGCUCUCGGGAACCUCUGUGUGUUGGGAAGCUGCGAGAACCUACCAGGAAUGUUCCGCUGUGUCUGUGGUGGUGGUUAUGAGCUAGACCGAGGAGGUGUCAACUGCACAGAUGUCAACGAGUGUGCGGACCCUGUGAACUGCAUCAAUGGACAAUGUAUCAACACCCCCGGCAGCUACCUCUGCACCUGCCCCCCGGACUUCGAGCUGAACCCCAGUGGGGUGGGCUGUGUGGACCCUCGGGUCGGGAACUGCUUCCUGGACACACAUGGCCGAGGGGACGGAGGCCUCUCCUGCGAUGCUGAGAUCGGGGUUGGUGUCACCCGAGCCUCCUGUUGCUGCUCUCUGGGCCAGGCCUGGGGCAACCCCUGUGAGCUGUGCCCUCUGGCCAACACCACUGAGUACAGAACCCUGUGCCCUGGUGGCGAGGGCUUCCGGCCCAACCCCAUCACUGUCAUCCUGGAGGAUAUCAAUGAGUGCCAGGACCUGCCAGGCCUGUGUCAGGGGGGCAACUGUGUCAACACCUUCGGCAGCUUUCAAUGUGAAUGCCCACCUGGGUACAACCUGAAUGAGGACACCCGCAUCUGUGAGGAUAUCGACGAAUGCAUUGCACACGCAGGCGUCUGUGGCCCUGGCACCUGCUACAACACCCUGGGCACCUACACCUGUGUCUGCCCCGUGGAGUACCUGCAAGUCAAUGGUGGCAACAGUUGCAUGGACAUGCGGAAAAGCCUCUGUUUCCGGCGCUAUAACGGCACUUGUCAGAAUGAGCUGUCUUUCAAUGUGACCCUCAAAAUGUGCUGUUGUUCCUACAACAUUGGCCAGGCCUGGAACAGACCCUGCGAAGCCUGCCCCACACCUGGCAGCUUGGAUUAUCAGAUCCUGUGUGGGAACCAGGCCCCCGGCUUUAUCAUUGACAUCUACACAGGGAAGCCUGUCGACAUUGAUGAAUGUGGGGAGAUCCCCACCAUCUGUACCCACGGCAUCUGCAUCAACCAGAUUGGGAGUUUCCACUGCGAGUGUCACAUGGGUUUCAACUACAACAGUCUUCUACUGGUUUGUGAAGACAUAGAUGAGUGUGCAGACCGGGAGAGACCCUGCCAGCAAUAUGCCGACUGCUUCAACAUCCCAGGCAGCUACCACUGCGAGUGCUCCCGAGGGUACAAACUCUCCCCUGGUGGAGCCUGUGUGGGACGAAACGAGUGUCAGGAGAUCCCAAAUGUUUGCAGCCAUGGCCGCUGUGUGGACACAGAGGGCAGUUAUGUGUGCCUGUGUCACCGCGGCUUCCGGGCCUCAGCGGACCAGACCAUGUGUGUGGACGUCGACGAGUGUGAUCAGCAACCGUGUGGAAACGGGACCUGUAAGAACAGCGUCGGCUCCUACAUCUGCCUCUGCUUCUCUGGAUUCACUGCAACACACCACGGGGAUUGCUUGGAUGUGAAUGAAUGCACCACCCUGGCGGGGCAAGUAUGCCAAUUUGGCCAGUGCAUCAACACAGCUGGUUCUUUCCACUGCUUCUGCCAGAGUGGCUUUGAGCUCAUGGCAGAUGGGAAGAACUGUAUGGACAUCAACGAGUGUCACAGCCUGGCAGGAACAUGCCUGCCAGGAAUUUGCCAGAACCUCGAGGGCUCCUUCCGCUGCAUCUGCCCCCCUGGCUUCCAGGUGCAAAGUGACCACUGCAUGGAUGUUGACGAGUGCUCACAGGAGGCCAACCUCUGCCUCUUUGGUACCUGCACUAACAGUCCCGGAAGCUUCCGGUGCCUCUGCCCGGCCGGCUUUGUCCUCUCUAACAACGGGCGCCAUUGCUUUGACACGCGGCGGAGUUUUUGCUUCACUUGUUUCCAGGGUGGAAAGUGCUCAACACCCAAAGCUUUCAACACCACCAAGGCCCGCUGCUGCUGUAGUACACAGCCUGGGGAGGGCUGGGGCGACCCCUGUGAACUGUGUCCUCAGGAGGACAGUACCGCCUUCCAGGAGCUGUGCCCCUUUGGUCAUGGGGCAGUACCCAGCCCUGAUGACUCUCGAGAAGACGUAAACGAGUGUGUGGAGAAUCCCAGCGUUUGCACUAAUGGCAUCUGCAUCAACACAGACGGUUCCUUCCGCUGCGAGUGCCCCCGGGGCUAUGGCCUGGACCUGAGCAGCCUCAACUGUGUGGACACAGACGAGUGUUCCAUUGGGCACCCCUGUGGGGAAGGUACCUGCACCAACGUCGGCGGCGGCUUUGAAUGUGCCUGCACAGAUGGCUUUGAGCCCGGCCCCAUGAUGACCUGUGAGGACAUUGAUGAGUGCACCUUGAACCCCCUGCUCUGUGCUUUCCGCUGCCACAACACCGAAGGCUCCUACGUGUGCACCUGCCCGGCUGGCUAUGCCCUGCGGGAAGACGGAGCCAUGUGCCGAGACGUGGACGAGUGUGCCAAUGGUCAACAGGACUGCCACGCCCGUGGCAUGGUGUGCAAGAACCUCAUCGGUACCUUCGUGUGUGUCUGCCCACCAGGCACGCGGCCCCCGCCUGGCCCCGGGGAGGGCUGUGCAGAUGAGGACGAAUGCCGCUCCCAGCCGGACCUCUGUGCCCACGGCCGCUGCGUCAACACCAUGGGGAGCUUCCGCUGCGUAUGUGACGAGGGCUUCCAGCCCAGUUCCUCCCUCACCGAAUGCCAGGACACCCGGCACGGCCUCUGCUUCUCCGAGGUGCUGCAAGCAGUGUGCCAGGCGUCAUCGAGCAACGGCGAGGCAGUUAGCAAGGCGGAGUGCUGCUGCGUGGGGGGCCGUGGCUGGGGGGCCCACUGUGAGCUCUGUCCCCUGCCUGGCACCUCUGCCUACAGGAAGCUGUGUCCCCAUGGCUCAGGAUAUACAGCCGAGGGCCGAGACGUGGACGAGUGCCGUGUGCUGACCCACCUCUGCUUCCAUGGCGAGUGCAUCAACAGUUUGGGCUCCUUCCACUGCCACUGCCAAGCCGGAUACACACUGGACACGACCACCACAGCCUGCCUGGAUGUUGAUGAAUGUGGCCAGACCCCCAAGCCGUGUAGCUUCCUCUGCAAAAACACGGAGGGCAGCUUCCUGUGUGCUUGCCCCCGCGGCUACCUGCUGGAGAAGGAUGGCAGAACCUGCAGAGACCUGGAUGAGUGUUCCUCCAAGCAACACAACUGCCAGUUCCUCUGCAUCAACACCGUUGGUGCCUUCACCUGCCGCUGCCCCCCUGGCUUCACCCAGCACUACCAGACCUGCUUUGACAAUGACGAAUGCUCAGCCCAGCCUGGCCCCUGCAGCACCCUUGGGUACUGCCACAACACCCCGGGCAGCUUCCGCUGUGAAUGCUAUCGAGGCUUCACCCUGGACAGAUCCGGCCGAGGCUGUGAAGACAUAGAUGAGUGUGACGGGCCCCACCGGUGCCAACAUGGCUGCCAGAAUGAGCUAGGAGGCUACCGCUGCAGCUGCCCCCAGGGCUUCACCCAGCACUCCCAGUGGGACCAGUGUGUGGAUGAGAACGAGUGUGCAGUGUCCCCUGAGACCUGUGGGAGUGCCACCUGCCACAACACGCUGGGUGGCUUCCGCUGCGUCUGCCCCUCAGGCUUUGACUUUGACCAGGCCCUCGGCAGCUGCCAGGAUGUGGAUGAGUGUGCGGCAUGGGGCAGCCGCUGCAGCUAUGGCUGUGUCAACACCCCAGGCGGUUUCCUCUGUGGCUGCCCCCAAGGCUUCCUCCGAGCUGGGCACGGGCACUGUGUCUCCAGCCUGGGCUUCAGUUCCGGACCCCAGGACAGACCAGACACAGACUUGCUGCUCUCCACCGAAGCCUGCUAUGAAUGCAAGAUGAACAGGCUCUCCCCACGGGACCGACCGAGGCGCAGCACCCACGGGGACCUCCAGGUGAGCCUGGCCAGUCUGGACUCAGAGACCCCGCUGACCUUGAGCCUGAACCUCUCAUGCCUGGGCCAGGUUGAACACAUCCUGGAGUUGCGGUCAGCGCUGGAGCAUCCCAGGGGCCACAUCCGUUACAUUAUUGCCCAUGGCAACGAGCAGGGCUUCUUCCAAAUGUAUCACCUCCGAGGUCUCAGCGCCCUGCAGCUAGCUCAUCGGAGGCCGGUGCCUGGAAUCUACCGGCUGGAGGUGGUGAGCGUGGCUGGGCCCUGGACCACGAGGCCUGAUGGGUGGCCAGGGGCCAGGGGCCAGGCCUUGCGGCUGAAGGUAUGGCUGCAGCUGCUCUAG